UAUAUAGACAUAUUACCAUCUCUCUCUCUCUCUCUCUCUCUGUCUUUCUCUGGGUGUGUGUUGUGUGUGUGUUGAAUGCUGAUUUAGCCCCGCAGUUGUUGCUCAUGCGGCCGCUUAACCCUCCCAUGAACAACACAGAAUCAUAAAUGAAACCAAAUACUCAUUCUCACAAGUGGAUAAGACCCUUGUAAUCCACUCCAAAUUUCAAGGAAUUAUUCCCUCACGACCCUAAUCUUCCUUGAAAGGGAAUUAGCACUGAAUCUCACCCUCAAUAUCCCAUAUGGUUUACCUUCACUUUUUCUCUUUUUCUUUCAACUGAACCGGCUCUUGAAGCUUACAGCCUCAAGCCAGCCGAGCCAUUUUCUUCAACUGCUGUCAAUUCUUGCCGUGUUCAUGGAUGAUCACUACUUGAGAGAGAUAGAAGGAAAACGAGCCCAUGAUCCCGUUUUCAUGGACAAGGCUGUCAAGCACUCGUCCUCAUCACGAUUCGAGUAUGUCGACGGGCCGGUGAUCGUGGGCGCAGGGCCUUCAGGACUGGCUGCGGCGGCUUGUCUGAAAGAAAAGGGUGUCCCAUGCGUGAUUCUGGAGAGAUCCAAUUGCAUAGCUUCGUUGUGGCAGCUGAAGACGUAUGAUCGCCUUCGACUUCAUUUACCAAGGCAAUUUUGCGAGCUGCCGUUCAUGGAUUUCCCUAGUGAUUUCCCUACUUACCCUACUAAGCAACAAUUUAUUAAGUACUUGGAGGAAUAUGCCAAGAAUUUUGAUAUUAAGCCACGGUUCAACGAGAGUGUAGCACAUGCGGAGUAUGAUUGUACGCUUGGUUUGUGGCGGUUGAAGAGUGCGGGGCCAAAGGGGGAGACAGAGUAUGUCUGCCGCUGGUUGGUGGCGGCGACCGGAGAGAAUGCAGAGCCGGUGUUGCCGCAGAUGGAAGGAAUCAAGGAAUUUGGAGGGCCUAUUAAGCAUACAAGUACGUACAAGAGCGGGGAGGAGUUUAAACUGAAGAAAGUUUUGGUGGUGGGCUGUGGGAAUUCAGGCAUGGAGGUGUGUUUGGAUCUCUGCAACCAUGAGGCUAAGCCUUCUAUUGUCGUCAGAGAUACGGUGCACGUCCUACCACGAGAGAUGCUGGGAAAAUCAACUUUCGGGCUGUCCAUGUGGUUGCUCAAGUGGCUGCCCAUACGCCUUGUGGAUCGGUUCCUGCUGAUUGUGUCAUGGCUCAUUCUCGGUGACACUGCUCGAUUCGGAUUGGACAGGCCGCGCUUGGGUCCCCUCGAACUCAAAAACUUGUCCGGAAAGACCCCCGUCUUAGAUGUUGGUACCCUCGCCAAGAUCAAAAGUGGAGACAUUAAGGUAUUUCCAGGUAUUAAACGGCUAAAACGCCAUACCGUAGAAUUUGUUGAUGGAAAAAUGGAGAGGUUUGACGCCAUUAUUUUAGCAACCGGUUACAGAAGCAAUGUGCCCUCUUGGCUUAAGGAGGAAGAAAUGUUUUCAAGGAAAGAUGGGUUGCCUCGAAAGGCAUUUCCAAAUGGUUGGAAAGGGGAGUGUGGGCUUUACUCAGUGGGGUUUACAAAACGUGGACUACUUGGUGCAUCAAUGGAUGCCAAAAGGAUAGCGGAGGACAUUGAACGGUGUUGGAAAGUGGAGGCACACCGAAAUACCUCACUUUUGCCAUACUCCUCCUUGUCUUGAUUUUUUGCCGAGUUAGAGACAUAUAAUAGAAAUCGAUUGAUCACAUAUAUAUAUAGAUGAUUGGGAGGCAUAAUGCCCACCUUUUUGCAUCACUCAUCCUCAUGAUUUUGUCCAGUUUAGAGAUGUAUUAGAAAUUGAUCAUUAAUGGAGAAAAUCAAGAAAAUAUUGUUUUAUUUCUUCAAUCAAUUUCUAUAUCUCUAAUAACUCGGCAAAAUCAUGAUCAUCGCUGAGGCAAAUAUGGAGCUCCAAGAGGGCCAUCAUUGGAUGCAGGUUGGGUAAAAAGAAGGUGAGAUCGAAGAGGUCAGUUAUCUUUUCGAUCCAAGUGAAGUGAUCACACAUGCAAGCCAGGCCUCGGGAAGGAGGAUCUAAUUAGAGUGAAGAAAAAGGGACCUCGGCUAUGUAUAUAUAUAUAUAUAUAUAUCUAUAUAUAUAUAUUUGUACAUGUCUUGUACAUUAAUUACCCUUUAUUCCUGAUUAGGUAUGACUUUACUAGAGAACACAAGGAAUCGAUCGGAGAGGGAAAAGUUAUAGAUCAGAGCGGUAUUUUGUAAUUGUUUUUGGUGAGUUCUAUAAUUUAUGUUUUAACCUUAACGUUUUCCCAUGGGGGAUUGGAUGAGAUUAAUUAAUUUUAAAAGUUUUGAUGUAAUAUUAUGGUUCAUUUCUCGAUCCAUUGAGUCGUUUUUGCCUUUUGAGGUACUGUAUUAAUUUCGAGACAACAUCAAGGGAAUUAAAAAUGCCUUGUAGCUAAUGAAAA